GCGAGCGAACUCGUUGAUAAAAGUGGUCGCUCGCGUGCGUAUGCAGUGUAGCCAGGGUGUGACGCCCUCUUUAACAUUUUCAUAGCAGCAUUAACUUCGGUAAACUUCCUCAAAUAUGCCGUUAAGACAUUAACUUCCUCUCUAAGGGGUGAACACAGUCACUUCCUACAGCCUUCAACAACCCACAUCCACAGCAGCGGGAUUACGGUCUAGAGGAGCGUCUGCUAUGUUUGACUGCUAAAGUUGAGUGGUCACCUUUCUAUCAUGCAGAGCAUAAAGUGUGUGGUGGUAGGGGACGGAGCAGUCGGAAAAACCUGCCUUCUCAUCUCCUACACGACAGGAGCAUUCCCCAAAGAAUACAUUCCCACUGUGUUCGAUAACUACAGCUCUCAAGUCAACAUAGACGGCCGCAUUGUCAGCCUCAAUCUGUGGGACACAGCGGGCCAGGAAGAGUAUGACCGCCUGCGUACGCUCUCCUACCCGCAGACCAACGUCUUUAUCAUCUGCUUCUCCAUCUCCAGCCCCCCAUCCUACGAGAACAUCAAGCACAAGUGGCACCCGGAAGUGACGCAUCACUGUCCCAGUGUGCCCAUCCUGCUGGUGGGCACCAAGAGUGAUCUCCGCAAUGACGCAGAUGUGCUGAAGAAGCUCAAGGAGCAGAACCAGGCACCCAUCACGCAGCAUCAGGGCCAGGCUCUGGCUCGACACAUCCACGCUGUCAAAUACCUGGAGUGCUCGGCACUUAACCAGGAUGGCAUCAAGGACGUGUUCGCAGAUGCAGUGCGAGCCUUCCUCAGUCCACAGCCUGUGGUGGACAAGAAGCACUGUGUACUCCUCUGAGAAUACAGAGUGGCUAGAGGUAUUUUAAUAACAUCACACUGAGGAAUGCAUCGGAAUUUUGGGAAUGUUAUGGAAUAUAAGAAUGGUAGGACUUUUUGUAAAUGUGAGCAAGAAACACAGCCUUAAAGGAAUAGGUCACUCAAAAAAUUAUUUACUCAUCCUAAUGUCGCUCCAAACCCAUAUGACUUCCUUCCAAGGACCACAAAAUUUAAAUAUUUAAUGUAAAUCUUCACAAGGUUUGUUAAUGUAAAGUAAGUGAAUAGUGACUCAAAAAAGAACAACAAAACACUAUAAAACCACCAUAGCAGUAAUUAAUACAACUCAUGGACUACAUUUCAUGUCUUCUGAAGCGAUAUGAUGACUUGUGAUCAAUAUAUCGUGAUGAAUAGAACAAAAUGGAAGUUGUUAUUCAUUCUCAAAUCAAAUUUGAUUAAGAAAGUAAAUACAUAAAUCAAAUAUGCCGGCUGUGUUGAUAACAUCAAAACUCAUUGGUUCUCAUCACAUCUUGUGACUAAACGUGUGACAUGAUGUCACAAGGUGUUUGGUUCCAUCCUCAGCUGAAGAAAGUCAAACCGGUUUUGAGCGACAUGAGGUUGAGAAAAUAAUAACAGAAUUUUCAUUUUUGGGUGAACUAUUUCUUUAAUCUGUAAAAUUAGUGAAAUAUGUAAUUAAGGAAACUAUCAACAAGAUAGAUGUUUUUGUUUUACACUAUGCAUUUAGAUCCCCACUGAAGGCAUAGAUCUAGACAAGCAGACAGACAUGUUACCUGUUUGUUUGUCGGUCUGAAGACAAAUCAGAAAAUUUCUUUGACAUUAGUUAAAAAAAAAAAAAAAGUUUUAUAAAGUGAAAUAAUCUUUUCAGGAUUUCAGCAUACGUCUAAAUAGUUUGAUACCAUCUACACUAAAAAAAAAUGUAAAAAUAAAUGUACGCAUUUCAAUUUCAUAACACAUUUCCAUCUAAUUUAAAAAUGUAAAAAAUAAAAAUCUAUAUUUUAAGUUUUAUUAAUUUAAUUUACACAAUAAUUUAAAUGAUUACAUGAUAAAAUUUGAUAGAAAUGUAUUAAAUUAAAAUGUGUAGCCUAAAUCUUAAAAAUGAAAUACAUAAAACGUGAUGUGGAAAAAAACACUUCGUCAAAGGAAGAGGUUGCAGAUUAUUUUUGUGUCUGGUGCCUAAUUGAUACUAUAAUUAGUCUUUUUUUUUUUUACUGUUCAAAAAACAGAAUCUGAGAAUGUAAUAUAUAUUUGAACUAAUAUAAUAGAGCUUUUAUACCCAUGGCACUUGUUCUGUGAUUGGGGUACACAUCCUUGAGAACAGGCCUUUAGUGUAACUAGUGACAUUUCUGAUUACCAUAAUGACAUGCUUUAGGCACACCAGAUCUGAGGAUAUUUUUGCCCGGGAGCUUGUAAGCUUUACUUCCUCAUGUUGGGAAAAGUCCCUUUAGGAAACAGAGGCCUUGGCACACAUCAUAGUGCGUUCUACUCCCCACUCACUGAUUAGGGAACAGCUCAUGAAAUUGAAUUAAUUAGCACAAUCAGACACAAUCAAAAAUGAGCCAUUAAAGUAAAGGAAGGAACCAUUAUGAUAACCAAAAAUGUAUUUUAGUUUUUACAUUUUAAAGCUCAGGGACUCAUCAAGCACAAAAUGAGAAUAAUUUAAGCUGAUUGUUUUGUGUGUGUGGAUAAAAUAUAAAAUUUUACAGGUAAUUUUGAUCUUGUAUUGAUUAGGCAUCCAGUUGCUUUACAUGGAUAGUAUGACAAUACAAACAAAUAAUACUGCCAUUGAAUUUUUGAUUUAAAACAAUUAUUAAAAAUAUUAUUUUUUUAAUUAUAUCUUUGUAAUGUUUUUGUAAUGCAUAGCAAAAAAAAUAUUUUCUUUAUUAGUAUUUUAGACCUCGCUUCUUGUUUUAAGCAUAAAUCUAACCAAAGUUAGUGAGAUUUAUGCAUAAAACAAUACAAUAACUAAAACAAUUUUGUUUCUCAAGUAUAUUCAUGGUGUUUUAAGGAUGAUUAGAUUAGUUUUUUCUUUCUGAAAAACAAGAGAAAAAUCACUGAUGAGAAAAAUGAUUCUUUUGUAGUGAGCCCAAUACCAAAGGUUUAUGCCCUCUGUGGGUAAUAAAAUACUUUUGAUGCCCCUUCUUUUUUUUUUUUAUCAAAUGUUUGCAGAAAAUUAAGAUCACAGUGUGUCCUACGUAACUGCAAGGACACUUAUCAUCCUUCUGAUAACUAUGCUGCAGGAAACAAUAUGCUAGUCUCCUUAAAACAUUGAUGGCAAAGGAGCCAUACAGACAAGAACACUUCAUUGUGCAUUGUGAUCAAGUUAGUCAUGACAUGUUUUGCACAAUCUGUAAGUGUGCUCUUGUCCAAGAAAACUGGCCAUUAAUGUCCAAGAAAUCCCACUGUCAUGUGAAAGCAAUCAUUUCCAAGCAUUGAGUCAUUUAGCUGAGAGUUGUGUGGAUGCUAUAGGACAGUCAGUUGUUUGUUUAGCAAUGAAGAUGAUAAUAAAAGCAUGCAGCACCAUGAAGCAGGACGCAGUGCAGACCUCACAGUGUCACAGAUAAACAGUGUCCUGUCCGAUUAAAGGCAAACUUUUUGAUCAACAUCUCUGACUGUGACUUUGGCAUGUUGUCAGAAGAAUGUAAUAUUUAAAUGUAUACUUUAAAUGCACUGCAAGUCUCUUUGGAUGAAAGUGUCUGCCAAAUGAAUAAAUGAAAUGUAAAAAUAAAUAACAUUUUAUUUAUUGUCUUCUAAUGUGCAGUUUUGUCUGACUAAACAACAUGUAUCACCUGUGACUUCUAUUACACCAUGUCUAUUUUACAUGUCUUUCCCUCUCAUGCCAUGCUUGAUGUCCAUUUUAUAUUAAAUAUUUAUCAAUUUGUCAUUAUGCACAUGAAUUACAUUUGUGUUCAUAUUGUGUUUUGAUUAAAAAUUGUUGCCAAAUAAAGUUCAAAGCUUUACUUUUUACAGUUCUAAAUAAAAACAAAAA